GUUGUACAUCUCCAGAUAACGGUGGCUGUAGUCAGAUAUGUUCUUCCCUAAGCCCGUCCUCCUGGGAGUGUGCUUGUUUUCCUGGAUAUAAGCUUCAGCGAGACAGAAAGCACUGCACUGCUAUAGGUCCUAAGCCAUUUUUGUUAUUUGCAAAUGGCCAAGAUAUCCGCCAGAUCAGUUUUGAUGGAACAGAUUACGCAAGUUUACUUGACUGGCAGAUGGGAAUAGUCUUAGCACUGGACUCUGACCCGGUGGAAAAUAAGAUUUACUUUGCCCACACCGCCUUGAAAUGGAUAGAACGAGCUAAUCUGGAUGGCUCAAAUCGUGAAAAAGUUAUUCAUGAAGCUAUAGAUAUACCCGAAGGUCUUGCUGUGGACUGGAUUAACCGUAAAUUGUAUUGGACAGACAGAGGGAAGGCAUGCAUCGAAAGGAGCAGUCUGAAUGGAAUGCAAAGAAAAAUGAUCAUCUGGGAGGAUAUCUCCCAGCCCCGAGGGAUUGCCAUUCACCCAUUUGCUAAGAGAUUAUUCUGGACUGACAUGGGGGUUAAUCCCCAGAUUGACAGCUCUUCAUUAGAAGGCAUCGAUCGCCAGGUUAUAGCCAGCAGUGGUCUGGUGUGGCCCAGUGGAAUAACUCUCGACUACUUAGCUGACAAGGUGUACUGGUGUGACGCUAAGCAGUCGGUGGUCGAGAGCGCAAACCUGGACGGUUCUGGUCGUCGAAUUCUUGCACAGAAUGAUGUAGGCCAUCCUUUUGAUGUAGCGGUGUUUGAGGAUCACCUUUGGUUUUCUGACUGGGCUAGGCCAUCACUAAUGAGGGUGGACAAGAAGACCGGCCAAAACAGGGUACGUCUUCGAGGCAGCAUGCUGAGACCCUCAUCAAUGGUUGUAGUUCAUCCUUUGGCGAAACCAGGGGCAAAUCCUUGCCUUUAUGAGAAUGGAGGCUGUGAUCAGAUCUGUGAAAACAAUUUUGGAGUUGCCCACUGCGUGUGCCAUCCAGGAUUUGGGAAAACUCAAGAUGGAAAAACCUGUCGUGCUCUGGAUGCUUCCAACACAACAGCAGGAAGAGUCUCUGUGCCCAAGGAGGUAGUGCCGAUGCCAACACCAGAGACCUUGCUCCAGAGCACACAAAGCAGCGGGAUAUUCAAGGAUAUGGACAGUGAGGAAAAGCAGAAAAUCAGCAUUUUGUUGAUGGCUGAAAUCAUGGUAUCAGAUCAAGAUGACUGCACUGCACUAGAAUGUGGUGUCAAUGCACAGUGUGUUUUGCUGGAAGAUGGUGCUGUGUGCCAGUGUUUGAAAGGAUUUACCAGGAAGGGAAAAUCAUGCUAUGAUGUUGAUGAGUGUGCUGUAAAUAUGGACCACUGUAAUCGAAACGUGUCGGGCUGUAUCAAUACAGAAGGGGGCUACGUCUGUAAAUGCCUGGAGGGCUACACUGGAGACGGAGUCCAUUGCUACGAUAUUGAUGAGUGCAAGACGGGGUCCCACACCUGUGGAGAGAACAUAACCUGCACAAAUACAGAAGGAAACUUCACUUGCUCGUGUGCUGAUGAUGCUUCUGGAACUGGCAUCGGUUGCAAAUCUACUGUCCCCCCAACUGCUGUCAACAAUGAAUACUCUACACACCCUGUGCAAGGCGAUAUUGUGGGAUGCCCUCCUUCGUACGAGUCGUACUGCCUCCAUGGUGGUGUGUGCAAUUAUGUUUCUGAUCUACAAGACUAUGCCUGCAACUGUGUGACGGGCUAUGUCGGGGAGCGGUGCCAGUUCAGCGAUCUGGAGUGGUGGGAGCAGCAGCAGCACGCGGAGCGGGUGAAGAUGCGGAAUAUCAUCAUUGCGGUCUGCGUAGCGGUGCUGGUCCUCCUGCUACUGCUGGGAUCCCUGGCUGCCUACUGCCGCAGAAGUCAAAACCUAUAUAAGAAGAAUCUCUAUGCAGAAGCAGUAAGAGAUGCCAGCAACCACGCUGACAAUAAGAACGUGACACCUACUAGCAGCAAGUCUCGGUUUGCAGUUGUUAAGGAGUGUAACAGUUCUCUGGAGACUAAAGUGGUUGGUCUAAUUGAGUGUGAGACAGCAGAUCCUCAUCCUGCCUGUCCUUCAGAAUACGUGGAAGAACAGCCUAUAACACGUGACAAAACGGCAGAGACUUUGGCAGAAGAGGAGAAAGAACAAGGCUGUCGACAAGAGGUUCCUCUUGGUGAGAGAUCCCGUCAGCCCAUGGGAGCGACGAAGGACGCUCCCCAGACUCCCUGGAGCAUCCCCCCCAAACCCCUCCUGGAAAGGGAACCCUGUGAGCUUGGCCCAGCCAGCCUGCUGAUGCAGCCAGACUAG